AACAAGAGUAAACACGGAAGUUAAUACAGUAGGCUAUGGAUGUUUUAAACUGGUGGAAAUAGCCAACACCUGACUGCAAACAGUUAAUUCUCCUGUAAGAAUCCCGCAACAAGAUGCCCAAGUUUGAGGAGCUGGAAGCACAUUCAUCCUGCCAUGUCCACUCCCCCUCCACUCCUGUAACUCCUGGCCCCAGUAACCUGAUUGCCAAAAGAUACAGCAUCCUACAGAGAUUGGGCAGAGGGAGUUUUGGCACUGUUUACCUCGUACAGGACACUAGAGCAAGGGAUGGGGAGAAACUUAAGGUGCUGAAGGAGAUCCCUCUGGGGGACCUGCAUCCUAACGAGACGGUCCAGGCAUCCCAGGAGGCUCAGCUCCUGUCCCAGCUCCACCACCCAGCCAUCAUCACUUUCUACAGCAGCUUUCUGCAUAGAGACUCCUUCUGCAUUAUCACUGAGUACUGUGAGGACAGGGACUUGGACUGUCAUCUGGAGGAAGUGAGAGAAGCAGGGCAGAGCUUGCCUGAGACCCAGGUCACUGAUUGGCUGAUCCAGCUGCUGCUUGGACUCCACUACAUCCAUAACAGGCGUAUCCUCCACAGAGAUCUGAAGGCCAAAAAUAUCUUCCUGAAAAGGAACAUAGUUAAAAUCGGUGAUUUCGGGGUGUCCUGUCUGCUGAUGGGGUCAUGUGACCUGGCCACCACCUUCACGGGCACGCCUUACUACAUGAGCCCUGAAGUCCUGAACCACCACGGUUACGACUCCAAGUCUGAUAUCUGGUAGGAAGGUGGAGCAGCACACUGAGGCUCAAAGACAGAAAGGUCAAAGUUAGGUUAAAGUUCAGAUGUAAAGAAAGGUAAGGUUAGAUAGGUUGAACGGUGAGUGGACAUGGACAUUUAUCUUGAUGCUGCACUGUUUGUUUAUGUGUGUAGUAACUUGCUUAACACUUGUAACGCUUGUUUUGUGUUGUGGCAGCCACCACAAGUUUUAUUAUGUGAAUGUUGUCAUGUUUAAAACUUUUAAUGAAACAAACACCUGUUUAGAGCUCUGCAUUUUGAAGAUGAGUUCUUUUUUGAUUCUCAUUCCCCUCCGAACCUCAAGAGAGUUGUUGACAUCCAGUUUCCUCCUCCGUCUCUCUGCUUCCUGCUAAGGCUACAGUGCUGAGCUCAGAAUGCUGUGUAAUGCUGUCACGUAUCAAGGCAGACUCUCAUUGUGAGAUUUGGCUGACAGUUCCUGAGAACUUGCUACUCACUUCAAAGCAGUCCAGAAGGAGCAUGGCUAAGAGGCACUUUGGAUAUGGACUGGAAUAUGUGAUGAGUAAUGAAGUGUAGAAGAGGGGUAGAAAUGGAUUCAUGUAUAAUGAUGAAUGGAGUCGAUACGGCCAUUGGUCUGAUCAGCAGGAGAGCAUAAAGAACACCUUUAAUACCAAGAGCGACUAUAGAUCCCUCAUUUCUCACUGCAGUCUGAAGUGCAAGCAUCUACUGAACUCAAAGUUCUUUGAAAAGAAUGCAACAGUGUACAUAGCUUCCUUCAGCACCAGUGAUAACUGUACAUGGCUUCCUUCAGUACCAGGGGUAACUGUACAUGGCUUCCUUCAGCACCAGUGGUAACUGUACAUGGCUUCCUUCAGCACCAGUGGUAACUGUACAUGGCUUCCUUCAGCACCAGUGGUAACUGUACAUGGCUUCCUUCAGCACCAGUGGUAACUGUACAUGGCUUCCUUCAGCACCAGUGGUAACUGUACAUGGCUUCCUUCAGUACCAGUGGUAACUGUACAUGGCUUCCUUCAGCACCAGUGGUAACUGUACAUGGCUUCCUUCAGCACCAGUGGUAACUGUACAUGGCUUCCUUCAGCACCAGUGGUAACUGUACAUGGCUUCCUUCAGCACCAGUGGUAACUGUACAUGGCUUCCUUCAGCACCAGUGGUAACUGUACAUGGCUUCCUUCAGCACCAGUGGUAACUGUACAUGGCUUCCUUCAGUACCAGUGGUAACUGUACAUGGCUUCCUUCAGUACCAGUGGUAACUGUACAUGGCUUCCUUCAGCACCAGUGGUAACUGUAUAUGGCUUCCUUCAGCACCAGUGGUAACUGUACAUGGCUUCCUUCAGCACCAGUGGUAACUGUACAUGGCUUCCUUCAGCACCAGUGGUAACUGUACAUGGUUUCCUUCAGCACCAGUGGUAACUGUACAUGGCUUCCUUCAGCACCAGUGGUAACUGUACAUGGCUUCCUUCAGCACCAGUGGUAACUGUACAUGGCUUC